AUGACAGAAACAGUUGAAUAUCAAUCAUGUCAAUCGAAUAUAAAUUGUACUUUUGCAAUUGUCGGUCAAAUCUGUUCAGGAGAAGGGUGGUGCAUAUUUGAAUGUCUGGAAGAUUCCGAUUGCAUAUCAGGCGGAAUAUGUACAUCAGCUUAUAAUUGCGAUUGGUCUGGAAAACCAACACCACCUUUAUUAAAAGAAUCAUUAGCGUCACCACAAGAUUUGACAAAAUCCGCAGACACCACGAAUGCUAAUGGAACAUCAACGACCAAUGAAGGAAUAUUUAAAUUAAAUUCGCCAUUUGUUUUAGUCAUCGUAAUAAUAACCCUUCUAGUGCUGGUUUGUGCUAUAGCUACCUUGUUAUUUUUCGUUUUUCGUCGUAAAAAAAAUAAUGCAGAAGGUGCUAGAGGUUUAAGACCUUUAACUUUAUCACCUUCAGCUAAAAGAAGUAAAAAAGAUUCAAGAGAGAAAGAUAGUAGAAGUGUUAAAAAACCUCCUCAUCAAUAUGAUAGUCCGGUACUGUUUGAAUCAGAAGAUGAAGGAAAAGAAGAACCUUUUGAAGAAUCAUUUUCUGAAGGUGCCGUUGGUUCGGCUGCCAAUCAACCAUCGAUGCGUUCUCCUCCUGUACGUUCUCAAACCAUGUAUGGAUCAUCGACUCCUUCAACUUCAUUUGUUGAAUUAUCAUCACCUCUUCCACCUUUCCAGCAUCAGCAUCAUUUUAUGGCCGCAGAAGAUAACGAUCCACAACAGCAGCAGCAACAACGGCAAUCACCAUAA